ACGAAUAUGUACGUGUGAUUUGUUUUCAAGAAUAGGUUAAGUUAUAGAAAGCACGUGCCCUCUCGCAUAGAUAACAUAAUAUAUAAAUACAUCUCUUUAGGUACGUUAAUCGUCAAAUCGAGGAACAUGACUGGAGCACAAGAGGUUUGUGGGACAAAACGAAAGAAGAAACGUUCUCACGCGCAAAUGGCAAAAAAAUUUGCUCGUCAGAGAAACUCGAGUAAUAAUUUGGACCAGGACACCUAUCAGUACAUGAUUCGUAUUGUCGAGUUGAUGCGCAAAGAUUUCUCUUCUUCUGAGGAAAAACUGAUAUUUGUGCAGAAUGUUUACCAGGAGAUGACAGGCCAUGAAGUCAAUUGCGCGCGUAAUCAAACCGGAUCUUAUGUCAUGGAUUCUCUCCUGAAAUACGCUAGCUUAGAAAUAAUUCAGAAAUUGAUACAGGCAUUUGAAUCCUCUUUAAGGCAGUUGAGCAGCGAUAAGUGUGCUAGUCAUGUUUUACAAAAAGUAAUAAUGAUCUGUGCUGACAGAGGCAAUCAAAUCUCUACAUCAAUCACAAAUAAGGUUGCAACGAAUAAGACAAAAUUGGACAGAAAAGCUAUCGAUGCUGUCAUUGAAGUUAAGCCAUCUGAAGUAAAUUCUUACAACGAUAUUGUUCUGAAGCUGAGCAAAUAUUUUCUUAACAAUAUAGAGGAAUUUGUGUUUGACACUUAUGCUAAUCACGUGUUACGGACAGUCGUCAAAUGUUUAGGAGGAUUAAUUGAGGAUAGUGAAAAUAAUAAGAAAUCUACUGUGCCACAUCUCACAGAGAGGCGUCCUGUGAUACAAGAUUAUAAGGAUUUGUUAAUACAAAGUUGCGAUCGUUUGCAGAAAUGGCCACAAUUCUAUCAAUUUGGGCAGCAAGAAAUUACUUCUGGCUUAGUACAAUGUAUCUUGUAUUCUUUGAAAGAUAUUGACCAAAAUUUAACAAAAACCAUUAUUAAGAAAAUUAUAAAAGAAUGUUUUAAAACAGAUGAAGACAAAAAGCUAUUGAAUAUAUUUAACACAGAAUCCUCUAGUAGGUUAUUGGAAGCUUGUUUAAUGAUAGCACAGCCAAAAACUUUCACAAAACUAUAUAAUACAUAUUUUGCUGAAAAUUUGGAACAUUUGUGUGUGACACAGAAUACCAAUUUUAGUGUACAAAGAUUAUUAGAUUAUUGCACUACCAAGGAACUCUUUGAAGAAAUAUUUGAUAAAAUAUCAGAAUACUUUCCGAAAAUUCUUAAGCAAGGUUUCACUGGGAUAUUAGUCAGCACUGGAAAUGCAUGCUUAAGAUUGCAAACAAAACAAGGUGCAUUUGUAAAUGCAAUGAUCAAGCUGCUGAAAUGUGAUACAUCUACAGAUGAUCAGACACAUCUUGUAUGGUGUAUAGUGACUUUAAAAGAUUCAGCUCAACUAAAAGCUAUUCAAAAUAAUACACAACAAUUCAACUUACAUGGAAGUUUAAUAACACAAGCCAUACUGAAUUUCAACAAACCUAUCAAAAUUGUGAAUUCCUUAUUAGAGAUGAACAAUGAAAAAUUAUUGCAAUUAUUCAGUGAUCCAAAAGGCAGUCGAAUCCUGGAUGCUUUCAUGGACAGCAAAUACAUUGGCGAAAAGAGCAGGGAAAAAUUAUAUAAAAAAUUGCAAGGUAUUUGGGCAGAAUUAGCAAAAAGCACACAUGGAUCUAGAUGUGUGGACAAAAUGUGGAUAUGGGCGCGUAUGAAUCAAAAGAUCUUUAUUAUGGAAGAAUUGGCUACAGCUGGAAAAUCUUUAGAAUCCACGAAAUCAGGUAAGAUUAUCUCUGCAAAACUGAACGUUCCAUUAUUCGCAAGAAAUAAAAAGGACUGGUCGGAAUCGCAAGGUAAAGAGGAGAAAACUAAAGCGUUGUUUGCAGAUAUUAUCGGAAAGACUCCUAGAAAAUGAAAAAUAUAAUAUUACAUGUCACAA